AUGGAUCACAGCGACGACUACCACACGGCCGGCGGUAGCGCGCCGGGGUCAGAGGUCAAGUACUCGGCCACGCCCUUCCUCGCUACCGGCGACCUCUAUAGUUCGCGUACGUCCGAGUACGCAGACGUCGCCACCGUCGCCGUAGGUGGCAGCACCGUUACGCUAGGUGUCAGCACCGUUGCGCAGGAGCUUUCAGCUGCGUCGACCGUGGCGCCACCUCCCCCUGAGACGUCCUCUAUCAGCGCCACCUGGGCACCCAGCCCAGAUAUGACAACUGCUGGCAGCGCCACCUGGGCACCCAGCCCGGAGACGACAUCUGCUGGCAGCGCCACCUGGGUGCAGCUGCACAGCUCCAUGUAUGACAGCGAUGACUACCACACGGCCGGCGGUAGCGCGCCGGGGUCAGAGGUCAAGUACUCGGCCACGCCCUUCCUCGCUACCGGCGACCUCUAUAGUCCGCGUACGUCCGAGUACGCAGACGUCAGCACCGUCGCCGUAGGUGGCAGCACCGUCGCGUCGGAGGUUUUAGGGUUUGAGUCCCGGAGCGACGGACCACAAGAGGGCGCCUCCGUCGUGUUCGAACACGCGCGGGCGAGCGCGUCGGCUGCCAUGGCAACGGUGGAUGUGACAGCAACGGUUGUCAUAGCGCCGACCUCUGUCUUCCCGACCAUGGAGGCAACGACCACGCCCACGACAACCACGCCUGAGCUGCCGAGUGGGAAGAAGCCGGUGCCGACGAAGCCUGGCCUCAACCUGAAACCCUCCAUCAAGCAGCCACUAGAUGAAAUCACGGUCACCGCAGGACAGCUGCUGCGGCUAAAGGUGCCCGGCAGGACGUUUGAAGACUUCGAGGACGGUCCAACUCACAAGCUACGGCUGGAGCUACUGGACAGCACUAAGAAGUUCCUGCCCAAGACCAAGUGGCUGCAGUUUAACCAGCGGAAGCAGGAGAUCUAUGGACUGCCUCUAGACGAUGACGUCGGCUCGGCCGAGUACUUCCUCGCAGCGUACGACUCCGGCGGCAAGGUGGAAUACGACGGAGUUAAGAUCAUCGUGGAGAAGCGCAAUGCGUCGGCGCCCCCUAACCACGAGUUUGCCGUGCGCAUGGCCGUGCUGGGAGCGGACGACGACUACGCCGCGUUCCGUAACAACGUCACGCUGCAGCUGCUCUUCCUAGACAAGCUCGCGAAGGCAUUCGGCGACCCCAACCCCGGCAAGAUACAAGUCGGCUCCGUCAGUAAGGGGUCGGUCGUCGUUGCCUGGAGCAACGCGUCGCUACCCACCAACACCUGCUCCGAGGAUGAAAUCUCUGCGCUCGCCUCCCGCCUGCGCUCCGGCGACGGCGACAUCCCGAACUCGCAGUUCCGCGACGCCAUGUCGCCCGAAUUCGACGUCGAGUCGGUGCCGCCGCCGGCGAAAGUCGGCGCGUGCCGCGGCAACACUACGGAGGCGCCCCCUACGGUGCCUCCGCCCGUCGCCAUCCCGGGCGGCGAGGAGGUGGCGCCGGCAGACGCGGAGCCGACCGCCGCGCCGGAGACGCCCGUGACGGGACGGACGGAGCGUCGCCGUGACGACGUGCUGCUGACGACGGUGCUGCCGGCCGUCGUGAUUGGUGCGAUGCUGCUGCUGGCCGCCAUCGUCGCGUGCCUGCUGUACCGGCGCCGCCGCAAGGGCAAGAUGUCGGACGAGGACGAGGAGACGAUCAACAAGGGCAUCCCCGUCAUCUUCAAGGACGAACUCGGCGACACGGAGGAGCGCGCGAAGCAGCCGUCGGUGAUGCGCGACGAGAAGCCGCCGUUGCCACAGCAACAGCCUCCGCCGGAGUACCCGCGCUCGGCCUCGACGUCCGCCGCCUCGACGCCGGCGUCCGACACCAAGCGCGCAUCGCCCGACACCAUAGAGAGGGCGCCACCGGGCGACGCGGAGUCGCCGCCGUACAACCCGCCGCCGCCGGUCGCCGCCGCCAACAACCACAAGAAGCAGGGACCGAAGCAUACGCCGACGCAUAGGAUGCCGCCGCCGUACGUGCCCCCCUAGGGGGCGCCGGCGGCGGCGCGGGGGGAGAGCGAGCGCGCGUCUCUCAAAGCAUUGGGCACACGUUUUAUAUAUUUUCGUCUAUUCGUAGUGGAGUGUGUGAGGGGAGGGUUUGUGCGUGUGUGCGUGUGUGUGUGUGUGUGUGUGUGCGCGUGCGUGCGUGCGUGCGCUAGCAUGUGUGAGUGUUCCAGCGUGCGUGUGUGUGUGGGUGCGAGUAUAUUUGUGUGGAUGUGGGUGUGCAUGCAUAUGUACAUACCAGUGCAUGCAUGUGCAUGUCUUUUCUAAGCUUUUUCUAGGACGAAGCUACUCAAAAGGGUUACUCAACUUUCCAACUGAGCGAUUCAAUAUCGCGUCUCCCAUUUCACUGGUUCCCUUCCAAUUUUGAACUAUGGAAAUUUUUCUCAAAGGGUCAGUUGAUAUACCCAACUAAUUCUAACUGCAACAUGCCUCAGUAUUAAAAGUCAUACAUAGCUGAUGAGAUCCCCUCUAUGAAUGUCGUGUUUUGUGGCCUAUAAUAUUUUUGUAAAUUUUAUAACAAGUGCCCCAUGGUUUGAGAAUAUAUAUAAAUUAUAUAUAUAUAUAUAUAUAUAUAUAUAUAUAUAUAUAUAUAUAUAUAUAUCUGUAGCGAGUCACAACGUGAGCGGUAUAGAUUUAGCUAGUCUGUAGGUUACUUAUUUAUGAAAAUGACAAACUUGUAUGUUACUCCAUUUUGAGGUGCAGUCUUGGACACUUGCCAGCUGCCAAGCAUCCCACCUCCGCCAUCCCCCAGUGUGCAUGAAAAACACAAGGUAUACAUUUCUAAGCCGCUGUAAAGAUGACUGAAGGUGGAUUAGGAUUGAAAUCUACACGUGAUUGUGUGUUAAUAGUAUAACAAAAGUUAAUAGUUAAAGUGGGGACCAGUUUGUCUCACUGUAAAGUCAUGUUAGAGGAUAGGAUUCGAAGUCGGUAUUGUUCCGUACGCACUUCCGGCACCUGGUCACUUGGAAAUCGUGUCACAUGGCUAAAGAAUCAUUUUUUGACAAUUGCUUGUUGACAUCACGGCAGGGAUGACAUGCCAAAA